AUGGCGUCACCGACAAAGGCCUCUAGAAGUCGAAAGUUACCAUCUCCAAGAAGCAACGACUUGCCUUACGGAACUUAUCAAAAGUACACAAAAGAUCCCCAGGAUGGGAGUGCAGAUAAUGGGUCGUCACUUCAGGAGUUUGGCAAGUUAUUGAGUUUACUACUUUUGUUAUUUCUUUAAGAUAAACAUUAGCAGUGCUAGUACCAUGUAUUGUCAGGGGUGUAGCUAGAAAUUUUCCAGACUGAGGUACUCACAGUUUUGCAAGUUCACCAUCUUCGGCUUCCCUCUACCAAGUCGAUUCCAUGCAGAUGACCUAAUGCUUAUAAUUUUUGCAUUUUACUCAGGUAAUUGCACUAUUUUCCAGCAAUCCCUUAUUUACCCUCUGUUCAUUUGCUUUGUUUUUGCUUUUUACUCAUCCUUGACAUUACACAGGUACAGUAGCUAUGUACAAUGUAUGCCACUUAUUGUGUAUGUUACAUGACUUUCAUAUAUCUGUCCGCAAAUUAAUGGUAUUCUCACAGCCAAUCAGAUUGUGCAUUUGUGAUAGAAUUCUAUCACAAACGCACAAUCUGACUGGCUAUCCUACUAAGAGAGAUGAGAUAGAAAUAGUGGACGAAGUUCAUUUCAAACCAGGGUUUGGCUCAAGCAGUGUGCAGCAUCCUAAUGACUUGAUUUUGCCCUUUAACAACUGGAAAAUAUCAGUUUCUGGACAAAACUUGUAUGCGGAGUAA